AUGAUACAUGUGCGAAGUGUAAUGCAUAAGUAUUUGGAGAAAAUGAGCGAGGUGGCGUUCGACAAGAUAUUCAGCCAGAAGCUGGGUUUCCUCACAUUCAAAGACUUCUGUGAGAACGUCUGCGACGAAUCGGUUCCACAGCUCAAGUUCUACGAAGAGAUCAAACGGUACGAGAAGUUGGAGACCAUCGAAGAGCGCCGUACGGCUGCCCGAGAGAUAUACGACAACUUCAUAAUGAAAGAGCUUCUCUCUCACACUCACAACUACUCGAAAGAGGCUGUGAAUCACGUGCAGAAGUAUUUGAUGCGAAACGAAGUACCCGUCACUCUCUUCCAGCCCUACAUCGAAGAGAUAUACAGCCAUUUGAGAGGCGAUGUGUUCCGCAAAUUCAUAGAGAGUGACAAAUACACGCGAUUCUGUCAGUGGAAGAAUCUGGAGCUCAAUAUACAGCUGACAAUGAAUGACUUCUCGGUGCACCGCAUCAUCGGCAGGGGUGGCUUCGGUGAGGUGUACGGCUGCCGGAAGGCAGACACCGGCAAAAUGUAUGCAAUGAAGUGUUUGGACAAAAAGCGCAUCAAAAUGAAACAGGGAGAGACACUCGCCCUCAAUGAGCGCAUUAUGCUAUCGCUAGUCAGCACCGGUGAGGACUGUCCGUUCAUUGUGUGCAUGACAUACGCGUUUCAGACCGCAGACAAACUGUGCUUCAUAUUGGAUCUGAUGAACGGCGGAGACCUUCACUACCAUCUGUCACAACACGGAGUGUUCACUGAACACGAGAUGCGGUUUUACGCGUCGGAAGUGAUACUGGGUUUGGAUCACAUGCAUCGGCGACAAGUGGUCUACAGGGAUCUGAAGCCGGCCAACAUCUUGUUGGAUGAGCAUGGUCACGUCCGCAUCUCAGACCUCGGCCUCGCCUGUGACUACUCCAAGAAGAAACCUCACGCCUCUGUCGGCACUCACGGCUAUAUGGCUCCCGAAGUGCUCUCGAAGGGAACCGCUUACGACGCCAGUGCCGACUGGUUCUCAUUGGGAUGUAUGCUCUAUAAGCUAUUAAAAGGGCACAGUCCGUUCCGUCAGCACAAGACUAAAGACAAGCAUGAGAUCGAUAGGAUGACAAUGACGAUGACUGUAGAGCUUCCCGACUCAUUCACACCUGAGCUCAAAGUGCUGUUGGAAGGGCUGUUGCAUCGAGACGUCGACAAACGCAUGGGCUGUAAGGGAAGGGGAGCCGAAGAAGUGAAAGAGCAUCCCUUCUUCAACGGCAUUGACUGGCAAUUAGUGUAU